AUAAAAAAUGUCAAUGGAGUAUGACAAUUCAUGUUUUCAUAUAUCAUGUUUUGUUUAUUUUUUACAAAAUACAUUUGAUUUAUCAAAGUUAGUGUGAAGUGAUGACAAAAUAUUAAAUUUAAUAACUGUUACAACACACAGCUAGAAGCUCUAACAGUACAAAUUUAACUGAGCAGCAAUUUAUUAACAGAAAGUGUUCCUGUUGUGUAUUGAUAUAGUUUAGAGUUUUGUGAGUUCAUGGAAAGAUUUUAACAUUUAAUCUAAGAAGUGGUAUAUUUUGCAAAUGCAGAUACAAAAUAUACCAUAAAUUUUACUGGUAUCUGUAUUAAUUGCAGGUUACACUUAAAUUAAUUUAAUAUUUGGAACAAACAUUGGAAAUUGAAGUUCAGUAAUGUGUGACAUACUACAGUCUGUAAAGGAUCAGUUAACUGAUAUUGAGAAUGACUUCACUUCAGAACAAGAAGAUUAUGAAGUUGAUGAUAAUUUGGACUGUGCCCUUUUAAAUAUGCCAGUUGAGAUAAUUCUGAAUAUAUGCUCAUUUCUGGACCCCCAUUUUCUGAGAAAUACCCUUAGUAAAGUAUGCAAGAGGUUUGAUGACAUAUUGGCUGAUGAACACCUUUGGAAAAACUGGAUUCACAGCAAAGCAAAAGGGGCCUUCCCCCCACUUCCCCACCUACGAUUGUGGGAGGAAGUUGAAGUAAACUGGGAGGACAUAUGUGUAGAAAUGGAUAUAGAGAGAAAGAAGUGGGCCAAUGUAGAACAAACCAUGAAACAUAUAGCUGUAAAAGAUGUGCAUUUUGCCUCUGUAGAUACUGUUCUCCUAGUAAAUAAUGCUGAAAUAUGUGUGUCGGGUGGGAGGGACCGCGGAAUUGCUUUGUGGAGAGUUCAAGAUGUCAAACCUUCUGUUGAAAAUGAAUAUUGCAACAUAGUGACAGAUGUAAGACCAAGGCACAUUAGGUAUGAUUCUCACUCUGGUUGGGUGUGGGAUCUGGCCGCAGACAAUAUGGAAGCAGCCACAAAGAUAUUCUCUGCCUCAUGGGACAACACAGUGAAAGCUUGGGAUUUAGAAGCUGGCUUUGCAUGUUUGGAAACGUUCCAAUGUGGUAUGUCAGCAUUAUCAGUUGUCUCCGAAGGCAACAUAGUAAUGGCGGGAUUAUAUUCUAAGAAAGUAUUAUCUUUUGAUCUCAGAGUAGGGCCUAGUCCGAUCAGUUCUUAUAAACCCCACAGAGGUCCUGUGUUAGCGUUACAUACUUACAACAACAUGGUAGCUUCAGUGAGUGAGGACAAAACACUUGCUAUCUGGGACAAAGUAGCUGGAAAACUACUAAAAAAUGAUAUUAAAAUACCUACAGAUAAAGCUUACCCAGUUUGCAUUAGCUGGUGCCCAACUGCAAUGUAUGUUGGUGAUUCAAAAGGGUGCGUUCACUUGAUUAACCCUGAAGAUCAUGUUUACCUGAAAUCUCACGAGAUCUGGCCCGAGCCGCCUAUUAUCAGGCCCUCUAGUAAGAUAACUAGUUGCUAUCAAAGUCAGGGAACAAUGGUUUUAUGCUCGGACAGAGGAGAAAUCAAGUUUUUGUAUAACUGUUAUCCACCUCAAGAAUUUGCUUCAAUCAAGGCUACCACAAGUGAUGUCACUCAGAUGCGGUACCUCAAUGACAUAUUGGUGGUUGGGACCUGCGAUUCCGCCCUAGAGUUUUGGAUCCCAAUUGACAGAUUCACAAGUACAGAACCGUGAUCGACCAAAAUUGAACUACAUAAUGAUAAUGAUUUUUUUACUAAUUAUCUUAACUUGACAUGGUCAGGGUUAUGUAAGUUGUGCAGCUCUCCUUCAUAUGAUUUCUGAUUCCCUAAAAUAAGGAGCUCAAUUUUAUUAAGACAAAGACUAUUUACCAAAUUACAAUUAAUGACAAUUAAAAACUAAUUAUGUUCCUUAAUUAAUAUAUUCACGUUGCGUUUUGCUCUAUACAGAGGGCCCAUUGUCCUUACUUACAUAACAAUUAUUUGAGAUCGACAGGUAAUUAUAGUUGAGCUACUUAAGUUGACCUCCAUGACCCUGCUAACCUACGUCAGGUACGAAGAGACAUAAUAUGUCGGUAUCAAAUACAAAUGCAAAUAAUCUUUAUUGUACCUUAAUAUAAUUUUUAAACCUGACCAUAUUGGAUAAUCAUAUUCAGUUGAACGUACACUACCUUCACAUUAUUAGGAACUGCCGCCCGCUGUUUGGCCUCACAGCAACGCAGGUUAGCAUUGAACUAAUGUCACCCGGAAACUAUAGAGUCAUCAAUACAUGGAUAAAGUAAUUCGAACCAAAUGAUUCUCUAUUGAUUUAUCGAAUAAAGUGUGACGUUGACCCACGUUGGGCGCCACUGUGACGAUUAGGUAAAACGUCGCAGGUAAGAGUGAUGAGAGAUAAUUUGAAAAUACAUGGAAUAACUACAACCUUUGCUGGGACUAGUUGUACAAUAUUUAAGAGUGUGGGUUUAGCAAUAGAUACGAGUUCCAGCAAGCAGCCGCCGCUAUCGACUUAUAUAAGGCUUCCGGGCUCUGAAGUGAGGCGCUGGGAAGACCGCUGCGGCACGACGUCACAAUAGUCACAAAAUAAUAUCUGUUAUUCUUUUGUACUGUGAUGUAGAAGUCAAACUGUUUCUAUCUUGUUUGAAAAUAUUUCGUGUCUAUGUCAAGCUAUUAUUUAUUGCAGGUUAUUUUAAAUUUUAUAGAAAUAGUUUAUAGGUAACUAAACUUGUACCUAUAUUUAAAUUGUUUUCUAAAUUUUAAAUCUAUUCGAAGAAAAUACCUUUGUAUAUUUUUUAUCGCUUCUAGCAUUUGCACUAUAGUGAACUGAACUUUUAUUAUUAGGUUCCAACGCAUUUUUAAGAUUGUGCUUUAUGAAUGUUUCUUGGUUGUGUUAACAAAAUGAUUGUUUUGUUAUUUAUUGUUGCUAAUUUACUUUAAAAAAGUAUAUUAUAGGUCAAAGAAUUUUAAAAAUAGCAGAACAUUAUCCACUAUCCCAAAAGUACUUCAAUACUUACUAAUACAAUUAAAAAAUACAUUUUAAUACUUCUACUCACUUAAUUAUAAGCGUAUACUUUCAAAUUGACAUGUAAAUUAAGAAUAUCCAUGCCUUAUUCGACCAUACGGUCGAUCAGCCCAUAUUAAGCAAGGCAGAUUUGUGCUGAUUUACUUAUUGCACUAAUAUUUUUUUAUAUAGUGUAAUAAAUAUAUAAACAUUAAUUAAUAUUCCUAUCUGUAUGUAACGAUCUCUGUUAAAUACUUUUUAUACGAAAAGAUUUUAUAAAUAAAAUGACUUACACAAAAUAA